UUCUAUUGCCCCAUUAUGUUGGACCACUGCUCAAUAUCUCAUAAAGGAGGAAUAGUCUUAUGGUCUCGCUCCUUCACUCCUGAUGCAUCCCAACUAGCCUCUUCUUCCGAAUCCCCCGUAAAUUCUCUAAUUCGCGAAGCCCUGAUCGAAGGACGAACGUCAGAGGAGAAAUAUGAAAAGGGCAGCUAUGCCGUCAAAUGGACGUUCGUUAAUGAGUUGGAAUUAAUAUUCGUGGUUGCGUACCAGCGUAUCUUGCAAUUGACUUAUGUGGAUGAGCUCCUAUCCGCCCUCAAAACUCUUUUCGUGAAAUUAUUCCAGCCGAUAAUAACAACCUUUGUAGCUUCACUACACGCAGUCAAUUCUGGGCAAGUCGUAGCCAAGGACGCUAUUACACCGUUCAACUUCGCCACCGCGUUUGAAGGCUGGAAUAAAGUGUUUGACAAAGUGUUAAAAAGUUUUGAAGAUAAAGCUGCACAGGAGCGCCAGCAAAGGUUGAGGAACGUUAACCGAACUCAACCUAUCAUAAACUCGACUCCACCCUCAGACGAUCCUGAUAUUGUGUCAUCUGAUACUCCGCAGGACGAACAAACAAUAGCACGCAACGUUCAGGCACUCAAAAAUCGUUUGCGGGGGCGGGGCGGUAGACGUGGAGGACGUGGAGGACGGACGGUUUCGGAUACCGGAAGUGGCAGAGAUAGCACCCCCACCUCCGACUCCGAGUUCCCGUCGAAGAAAAAGACUAGAACGAAAGCUCAGCGUAAAUGGGGUGAUGAAGCCCCAUCAGAGUCCGAUAUGGCUUCGCUUGACUUUAGUUUGGACAAAGCGACAUCGCCAGAUGAUCUAAAUUCCCGUGAUCUCCAAGCCUUGGUAGAUCAAGCAUCGCUUGGAACCUGUAACCGUGAUGGACUCUAUGAAGUGAAAGACUGGGAGUUCUCGAGAGAUUCAGCUGGAAUGGAUGACACCGAUAAUGUAAUAUCACGCGCACUGCAAUCCACCGAGAAGGCGUCAUCUUCCACGUCUGGGUCAUUUGGAGCUUUGAGCUCCCUUUUUACAAGAUUAACGGGAUCGAAAAUUUUGACAGAGCAAGACCUCAAGCCCGUGCUGGAAGGAAUGAAGCAGCACCUGAUGAAGAAGAACGUUGCGAAAGAGAUUGCAGAUAAAGUAUGUGAAGCGGUCGGUGAGAGCUUAGUCGGAAAGAAAGUCGGAGGAUUCCAGAGCAUAAAUUCUGCCGUUCAGGUCGCCCUAUCGACUUCCUUGACUCGGAUACUCACGCCGAAGACUUCAACAGAUUUACUACUCUCGAUUCGGAAUAAGCUCUCGUCGCCGCUCGCGUCUACUCAACAGCGCAUGCCUUACACCAUCACCUUUGUCGGUGUGAAUGGCGUUGGAAAAAGUACAAAUCUGGCUAAAGUAUGCUUUUGGCUUAUUCAAAAUGACCUUCGCGUUAUGAUCGCCGCUUGCGACACUUUCCGGAGUGGCGCCGUGGAACAAUUACGAGUUCAUGCUCGGAAUCUCAGCAUGCUGGGCGUCAAUGAUGCAGGUGACAGCAAAAGUAAAGUAGAACUCUUCGAGCGUGGAUAUGGGAAGGAUGCUGCUGCCAUUGCCAGGGAAGCCAUCUCUUAUGCUCGCGAUAACGACUUCGACGUGGUCUUGAUCGACACUGCGGGGCGAAUGCAGGAUAAUGAACCUCUCAUGAGAGCCCUUGCGAAACUAGUUGCAGUAAACAACCCAGACAAGAUUCUAUUCGUGGGAGAAGCCCUUGUUGGGAAUGAAGCGGUUGAUCAGUUGACCAAAUUUGAUCGUGCUCUCCGCGACUUUUCUGCAACUUCGGGAUCUGGAAAGGAAAGAGGAAUAGACGGCAUGUUAGUCACGAAGUGGGAUACUGUGGAUGAUAAGGUCGGAGCUGCGCUCUCGAUGACAUACGUGACAGGACAGCCCAUCAUCUUCGUUGGUUGUGGUCAGACUUAUACCGACUUACGACAAUUAAGGGUUAGCAAUGUAGUACAAGCCAUUUUAAGUGAUUAAGGAUUAGCUCGUGCCGGG